UACCAAUGUGAGUUUCCUCCUCGCAUAGCAUCAUCACGAACCAACCCAAUUGACUCUCUUGAGCAUCCAUCAAUAUGUUCAACUUGCGACGCAUUGUCCUCUCCGCCGCUCUGCUCCUCGGAGUCAGCAUGGUCUUGUUCGCCCAGACGGCUGAGGCCACCAAGGGCCCCAAGAUCACCAACAAGGUCUACUUCGACAUCACGCAGGGUGACGAGCCCCUCGGCCGUGUUGUCCUCGGCCUUUACGGCAAGACCGUCCCCAAGACCACCGAGAACUUCCGUGCUCUUGCUACUGGCGAGAAGGGCUUUGGCUACGAGGGAUCUAGCUUCCACCGUGUCAUCAAGCAGUUCAUGAUCCAGGGCGGCGACUUCACCAAGGGCGACGGUACUGGUGGCAAGUCCAUCUACGGCGAGAAGUUCCCCGACGAGAACUUCAAGCUCAAGCACACCAAGAAGGGUCUUCUGUCCAUGGCCAACGCCGGUCCCGACACCAAUGGCUCGCAGUUCUUCAUUACCACCGUCGUUACCUCUUGGCUCGACGGCCGCCACGUCGUCUUCGGCGAGGUUCUUGAGGGCUACGAAAUUAUCGAGAAGAUCGAGAACGCUCCCACGCAGCCCGGCGACCGCCCUACCAAGGCCGUUAAGAUCGCCAAGAGCGGCGAGCUGGAGGUGCCCCCCGAAGGUAUCCACGUGGAACUCUAAGCACAACACGUACUGUAGCCCACCAUUCUUCAUGCUCCUGUCAAAUUGGCAUUCUCGUCUUCUGUUCUGCUCUGCUCCCCUUGUCGCGCAUGCUGAUGCUUGGGGUGUUUGUUGCAGAUCUCUACGGGAAUGCCCAGUUUGCUUCUGGGCAAUCUACCGAGGACACGCCUCUGCAGGUUGGUUCUCAGGCUGAGGGCUGGUCGUUCAUCCAGAAGGGUCUUCUUUUUGGCGUUGUCCUCGCCGUUGUCGCCAUCUACUUCCGCAUGAACAAGAAGAACGACUCUUUCCACGAGAAGUCCUUGGCUUAGAAAUGCCAGAUUACAUAGUCGGAAAUGGUAGAGCACAUAUAAGAAGAAAAAACUUUGAUC